AUGGCUCGCGACUCAACGCCACCCGAGUCGCCUCUUUCAUCGAUGGACAACAGCGAUCCUUCCGAGGAUGAGGCUCACGAAUACGAGGACGAAUCCCUUCUCCGGCCUUCCAAGCGACAGAAGCUAGGGGCCGCCUCAACAACCUCCCCUGCUGUAGUUCAUGAACCCGAACAUGAGCCCGAGCCCGAACCCGAGGCAGAUCCGCUCGAGGGCAUGUCGGACGUCUCAUCAGACACGUCCGGUGAUAUUCCUAGUUCUCCUAUCAACGCUAGGCUUGAUGAAGAAGACUUUCAGGAGCAGGUCACCGUGUGUGCUUGGGAAGGGUGCGACGCGGGUGAUCUUGGCAAUAUGGACAAACUGGUAGAGCACAUUCAUAACGAUCAUAUCGAGAGUCGUCAGAAGAAGUAUACAUGCGAGUGGAAUGGUUGCAAUCGGAAGAGCAUGGCGCAUGCCAGUGGUUACGCUUUGAAGGCACACAUGCGUUCUCAUACUAGGGAGAAGCCGUUCUAUUGCUACCUGCCAGAGUGUGAUCGCUCAUUCACGAGGUCCGACGCCUUGGCGAAGCAUAUGCGAACUGUCCACGAGACGGAGGCCCUGCGACCUUCCGACCCUGUUCCAAAGUCGAUGCAGUCAGGUCCUAUCGGCAAAGGAAAGCUGAAGAUUAUUAUUAAAACUCCACAAUCGCACGCUGCCGGCCACGAUGAUUCUAUUGAUGACGGCGCAGAAGACGACGAACUAUCGGCUGAUCUCUUCACGCCCUUGACUCAGGAUCAGGGCUUCACCUCAGACGAGCUGAAGAUGCCUCUUGAAAAGCUACACAGGCUCUGCCGCUUUCAAGUCAAGUGGGCUCAAGAGGAGUCUGCGCGACUCACCGAGGAAGUCAAGCACUGGGAGAAGCAAUACAAAGAGCAGUGGCAGGAGAAAGAAGUCCUCCUUUCCCAAGUUAUUCAGAGUGAGAUUGACUGGCACUCGCGCAAAGCAGCUGUGCUAUCUGGAGCCGCAGACGUGCAGCUUUCUGGUGUUAUCGAGAGCCAGGAGGGCAACGCCGUGGCCACAAAUGGUGAUGCGGCAGAAUCCAGUCAGGAGGCACCAGCUGAAGAGCCUCUGGCGAACGGAGCCAGCUCUGCUGAAGUUGCUGCAGCUAGCUAG